UCUAGAGGCAAUGCAUCUCUCAGUUGCAUAUUGGAACCAUCCACUAUUUCAACAAUGAAGUGUGCAGCUUUAAUUGCACUUGUAAUUCUCACAUCCUUUGCAGAUUGCCGGGAUGUUUGGCGGCAAAAAAGAGAUGAAGUACAUAACCACAUAUGCGACCAUGUGACUGCUGUGACACCUGAAGGAUUUAAAGCAAUGGUUUUGGUCGGGUUUUCUCAAAACCUACACCAUAGUACUUAUGAAGAACUUGUUCCAUUGAUUCGACAGAUAGAAACUGCUGCAAGUGCUUGUUGUGAUGAGGGAGCAAGUGCUGAUUGUUCAAAAGCAGAGUUAGACCUUUUCCAGAGCGCAAUCUGUGCAUCUGAAGAGGUGACCCAGAAAAACCAUCUUGAGGAUUGCUGUGCCAAGACUGGGGCUGACAGACAUCACUGUUUCCUUGAACACAAAAAACGCAUUCCACGGGACCAUACUAUUCACAAUAUUCCAGGAAAAGAAAAGUGUGAGGCCUAUGACAAAGACAGAGUGACAGCUAUGGGCCAGUUUAUUUACCAGUUCUCCAAAACACAUGUUUUGGUGCAGCCUCAGGUGAUAUUGGGAAUUGCUAAGGGCUUUGAGGUUAUACUUCAAAGUUGCUGCCAUGAUGAUGAUGUAGACAAAUGCUUUCUUGAAAAGGGUACUGCUAUGAAACAUACUGCUGUAAAUCGUAUUUCCCAGUUGAAAUCUAUUUGCUUGGUUCACAAGAAAUAUGGACUUAGGGUUAUAAAGGCCAUAAAGCUUGUCCAGUAUAGCCAGAAGUUACCACAAGCCACAUUUGAAGAAGUUGCUAAAAUUACAGAUCAAAUUGCACAUAUGGUAUCCACUUGCUGUAAGGGUGAUAUGAUCAACUGCAUGAAAGAAAGGAAACAAUUAGUAGAUGAUGUCUGCUCAAAAGACGAAACCUUGUCUAGAACCAAACACCUGGCAGAGUGCUGCAAGCUUUCGAUAAUCGAGCGAGGGGGCUGCAUUGAAAAGAUGGAGGCUGAUGACAAACCCCAGGAUCUCUCAGAAAAAGCUGACAGUUUCAUUAAAGACAAAGACAUUUGUGAAAGAUAUGCCCAACAUGGUGAUCAGUUCCUCGGAAGCUUUCUUUAUGAGUAUUCAAGAAGGCAUCCUGAGUUGUCUAUUCAGGUGAUUUUAAGGAUCGGCAAAGGCUAUGAAGCCAUUCUGGACAAGUGCUGCAAAACUGAUAAUCCUGCAGAAUGCUACGGGGGCGCGGAGGAGCAGCUGGCACUGGCUAUUAAGGAUCACCUUGCUCACGUUCAACAAAUGUGUGCAGUCGAGAAGAAACUGGGAAAAGAAGGUUUUGAAAAAUUUAUGCUUAUCCAGUAUACAAAGAUAAUGCCCCAGGCACCUUAUGAUGGGCUGAUGAGAGUAGCGCAUAAGAUUGCCUCAGUUUUUGACAGUUGCUGUAGUAAAGAUGAAAGCCAUUUGAUGACAUGUACUGAAGAACGGUUGACCAACACCAUUGAUGAGACCUGCUCAGAAACUGAUCCUGCGACUAUAAAUGAACAUAUUGAUCACUGCUGUAAGGAAUCAUAUUCGGAACGGAGGACCUGCAUUCUUAAGAUUCAGCCUGACACAACUUUUGUACCUCAACCAUUCUCACCUGAUAUGUUCCACCUGGAUCCAGACAUGUGUGACAUGGAACCUAAAGAAUUAUUUGCAACCACAACCAAACUUCUGUAUGAUUUGGUGAAACAGAAAACUACAAUGACAAAUGAACAAUUAAUGACAAUCUCUGCCGGUUUCCACCUCCUGAAAACAACAUGCUGUGCAGAUGCUGCUAAGGAACUAUGCUUCAAGACCCAGGGAGCAAAAUUGAUUGAAACAAGCAAAGGAAUGCUAGGCAUAUAAAUGGACUUCAGGUGUCACUGGUGAUGACUAAAAUGGAGCCAAUUGUCCUGCAUCUUCAUUUAUGUAAUGGAAUAUACCUGUCUUCAAACUCAUGAAAAUCAUAAGGAGUAAUUUAUAUGCAUUGCAUUUCUGUAUUGUCUCAAAGGCUUUAUCUUGUCAUGUACUAUUGUUAUUGACACAACUGUAGCAGCUAAAUUACCAGCACGAUGAUCACCACCAAUAAUAAAAAACAAAUCAACAUCAA